AUGGAAGCCAUGACCGUGCCUGUGAAGUCCACAGGCCCACCCGCCUCAGCAUCAGCCCCAACAUCAGGAACAACACCAGGGCCAGAACGAGAUGCAUCAAAUGAAGCAGAUAAAAAUACCCAACCAUCAACUCAGACCAAGAAGUAUCUACACCGCAUAUCGCUUCAUCCGACACUAACCCCCUACCGCCGGCGCGUCUAUCGUGUUCUCCUCUCUGUCCCACCAGGUCGCUGGACUACAUACUCAGCCAUGGCGACGUAUCUAGGAUCCAGCGCCCGUGCCGUGGGAAAUGCAAUGCGGAGUAAUCCCUUUGCCCCAGAGGUACCGUGUCAUCGGGUCCUUGCGGCGGAUGGGACGCUUGGUGGCUACAAGGGGGAAUGGAAGGUGGAUGGACAUAAAGCGGGCGGAGGAUUCUGUGAAGAAAAGCGUCUAAGACUUGAGGAAGAGGGUGUCGUUUUUGUUGACGGAAAAGUGAGCGGGGUCUGUUUCAGAGAAUUUGUCGAAUUUGGGAAGAAGUGA